AUGGCGAUGACCACCACCAUGGUUGCAUGGGAGAGUAGGAGAGACCAGCUGCAAGGAGGAGGAGGAGGUGGCCAUGGCCAUGGCGGCGAGCGGCGGGAGCACAUGUUCGAGAAGGUGGUGACGCCGAGCGACGUGGGGAAGCUGAACAGGCUGGUGGUGCCCAAGCACUACGCCGAGAAGUACUUCCCGCUGGGGGCGGCGGCGAGGAGCAGCCCCGCCGGCACCGUGCUCUGCUUCGAGGACGCACGCCGCGGCGGCGGCGAAACGUGGCGCUUCCGCUACUCCUACUGGAGCAGCAGCCAGAGCUACGUCAUCACCAAGGGAUGGAGCCGCUUCGUCCGCGACAAGCGCCUCGUCGCCGGCGACACCGUCUCCUUCUGCCGCGCCGGUGGCCGCCUCUUCAUCGACUGCCGCAGGCGGGCCGCCGUGCCUCCCACCACGUCUUCCCUGGCGCCACAGGCGGCCUCGAUCAACGUGCAGCGCUCGUCCGCCGUCGACGAGAAGGAGGCUGCAGCUGGCUGCGGCGGCCGGUGCCUCCGGCUGUUCGGCGUCGACCUCCAGCUCCUCGCCGAGCCGCCGGCGCUGGACUUGCAGCUCUGA